AUGGUGAUCCAUCACUCGACAACAUCUCUACUACAACGUGCGGUUCACGACAUCAACGAACAACUCGAACAUGAAGAUUUCAGCACACGGGCAGUCGAUGACGAGACGACAAGAGCGCUUGUACUUGCAACAAUGACAGACAAUAAUGGAGGAACGUCAAAGACGACUCGAAAACGACAACGAAUUGCAACGAACGACGAGAACGAUAAGAGCUUUGCACUGGUGGAACUCCUGAGACGAAGACGACAAACAAAGCUGGACAGUACAUACUGGAGCACGAGCGGCGACCUCUAA